GACGCAGUCGGUCGACGCCGCCGAGAUCCUCGCCGCGUGCUCCGGCGCUUUUGGCGGCUCCGGCACUGCCGCCUGCACCGCCCCUGCUGCCUCACCCCAGCCGAGCCCGCUGACGGCAGCGCAGGCGGCCGCUACCUUCCCAGCGACCGCGGCGGCAGCGACUGCGGCGGCAGCGGCAGAGACAGCGACCGCUGCGGCGGCGGCGGCCAACGGAGGCAGCUCAGUCGCGCCCGGGGUGGAGACGUACCAGAGCGAGGGUUCGGCUGCCAUGGGCUCUAUCCCGCUGCACUCGAGUGGCGCGGCGCUCGCCCAGGCGCAGGCGGCGCUCGCGUCGCUGCAGGCGCAGGCGGCGGCCAGCGACCACCUUUCCAGCCUGCAUUCUGGCUCGGCCGCCUAA